AUGUACAUAGGCGAAGAAACUGGAGGGGAAUUCAACAGCUGCCAAACGUCACUUCAAAAGCUUUCAAUUCGAGGGUGCAGGGAGUUGAGAUUCUUGCCUAAGGGGUUGCGACAACCAACCCUUGUAAGAUUGGAGAUGAUUGAGUGUUCCAAUUUAACGGAGGCCAGCCCAGUUGAAUUGCGCAACCUCACGUCCCUUCAGCAUCUGGAAUUGGACAGAUGUAACUCACGAUGGGCGAGGGCUUGGGAGGAGGGGCAAUUCUGUUUGACCAGCCUUCGAACGUUGGAUGUAGGUCACUUCUCAGAGGAGCUUGAUUAUUUCCCCUGGCCAGAGCUGGCCAAAGCUCGAAAUCCGCAACAUUACCCAUUCAUGUCCCUAGAAUCUCUGGAGUUAUGGGGAUGGCCAAAGCUCAAGUGCCUUCCCAAUCAACUUCGGCACCUCACUACCUUAAGAAACCUGGGAAUUAAUAAAUUUGCUGAGUUGGAAGCUCUACCGGAGUGGUUGGGUAACUUUUCAUCUCUUGAAUCAUUGGAGCUCUAUUGGUGCCGAAAUCUGAGGAGUUUGCCCUCACUGGAAAACUUUCAAUGUCUCAAGAAUUUACAAUCUCUGAAUAUAACCCGUUGUCCCCUUCUAACGGAAAUGUGCAAAGAAGGGGGAGAAGAGUGGCACAAGAUUGCUCAUAUUCCAACUCGUAUAUAG